GUCCGUUCAUUUCAACGCUCAGCUUUUCUCUCUCACUCUAAAAUCCAAUCAUUUCCCGAAAGACCAAAAAAAAAAAAAACUCUCUUUCUUCCUCACAAACACCACUAAUCUCCAAUCCCUACACAUUUCCGCAACAAAAUCCCUAUUUUCCCUCUCUCAGGGAAAAUUCGAAGAAAAGUUUCUCCACUCUAGGUCAUAGCUUUUGAUUCUUCUGUUAAUUAAUUAAUCCAAUUCGUCGAUUUUCGAUCCUCAAUAAUCCAAUUCCGAACCUGGUGUUGGAUUAAUGCUUCGAGGUUCGGAUUCGUUUCUUCAAUUUUAACCUUCUAACAGUGUGGGUAUGUUUCAUGCAAAGAAGUUUCCGGAGGUGGCUAUGAUGCCUCAUAAAUCUCAAGGGGGAGGAGAAGAACUUGUAGAUGUUGGGGUUUUGAGUGGAUCUGCUGUGAAAAAUGCUGCACCUGCUGGGGGAGGUGGGAAGCAACGGUUGCGUUGGACGUCGGAUCUUCAUGACCGAUUUGUGGAUGCUAUUACGCAACUUGGUGGACCAGAUAGAGCAACGCCAAAAGGUGUUCUUAGAGUGAUGGGGGUGCCUGGUCUGACCAUUUAUCAUGUUAAAAGUCAUUUACAGAAGUAUCGUCUGGCGAAGUACUUGCCUGAAUCACCAGCUGAUGGUAAAGAUUCUAAGGAUGAGAAAAGGAAUUCUGGAGACAGCAUUUCUGGCGCUGAUUCUUCCCCGGGAUUGCAAAUCAAUGACGCACUACGGAUGCAGAUGGAGGUUCAAAAACGUUUGCAUGAACAACUUGAGGUUCAAAAGCAAUUACAGAUGAGAAUUGAAGCUCAGGGUAAAUACUUGCAGAAGAUCAUAGAGGAACAACAGAAAUUAGGCAGCACCUUGGCAGCGUCAGAAACUCCAUUGCCCCAUGAUAAGCAAAAUCAUUCUGUAUCGGAGCCUUCUGGGUCCAGUGAUGCCCUUGCAGGCACUUUUCCUCCACAUAAAAAACAGAGAAUUGAUGAAGGUUCAAAGGAUGGUUUCACUGCAUCCCAAGUUACAAGAAAGACUACACAGAAGAAUGAUUGUAAUGUUGGCUGUUUGGAUCCGAACUUGUAUGAAGAAGAUGCUGGUUUCGGAUUUGAUUUGGAAACAGAAAAUGACGACGACAAUGAGAGUGAGCAGUAAGAAUUAGGUUCUAUAUGUAGGCCAACAUUUGUCUUGUUAUCAUAUCUAGUAGAAAAUACGAUCAUGUUUUUGUAAAUUAUAUUCCUCGCAAUCGAUUUGUAUAUAUUAAUGUAGAAAUAGAUGCAUUCUUCUCUCCUGCAUUGGACAUGUGGUCAUGGAUGAUGAUUGUUGGGAGCUGCAAACUUGUCAUCAUUUAUCAAUGUUCUGGUUGUUAAUGUCUAAAUUUAACAUUUAUCAAUGUUUGGGUUGUUAUUGUCUAA